AUAGUAUUACCCAAAAUACGCAACCUUUCUUUUAACCGAGACGAUUCCGUUUCUUUCUCCUUCACGCCACCAAAACAUAUCAAACAUUUUCCCCUUAAUCUAGCACUAGCAGUCCCUCAUUCAUCGCCUUUCUCUCUCUAACUUCCAAAGGUUUUGAUAGCAAUGGCGACAAUUCGAGUGCUUUCCUUCAUGCUUCUCUUUGCAGUUCUGUUCGUACAACAAUGUAUCUCUGCAGAUCCGUCGACAAAUUCUCCAAGUCCGGCACCGGUAUCCGGUGCCGAUGUGGCUUCUCCACCGGAGAGUCCGGCUCCUUCACCUUCAUCAAAUCUGACUUCUCCUCCGGCGCCACCGCCUUCAGAUCUCUCACCGGAUUCAUCUCCGGCCCCAUCACCGGCGAAUUCUGGUGACGCUACUUCUUCAAAGUCUCCGUCUCCGGCGCCAAAUUCCGAAGUUGCGAGUGAUAUAAGCCACGAGAGUGCGGUGGACUCGAAGGAAUCGUCAGGCGGUGGAAUCAACGGCGGGAAGAAGGCCGGAAUAGCAAUCGGAGUGAUCGCCGCCGUUUGUUUCGUAGGUCUCGGUGCAUUGGUUUACAAAAAACGACAGCAGAAUAUUCAACGAUCGCAGUUCGGGUACGACGCUAGGAGAGAAGUUCUUUGAAUUAUCAGAUGCAUUCAAUUUAUAUAUAUAACAUACUAUACUGAUAUAUAUAAAUCUAUUGCAUUGAUAGAUCUUCAUGAUUAGAUUUGUUUGCAUUUGAUAUUUUGUAUGAGAAUAUCAUUAGAUUUAUUUGAUUUGAUUCUUUACUCACUGGAUUUAUUAGUUGGUGUAAUUCUAUUCGAAAUUAAAAUUUUAAUUUUUGAUUGACCAUUUAAUAAA